AUGCCAAAAGCAAAGAUGCCUACUAUCACACCACUAUCGAAAUCAGCGCCCGUCAUCCCCGAGCUGCAGCUCCCACCACCAAUCCUCCUCCCAGCGAACCCCUUCGGCGACAUGUCGACGAGUGUGAGGCGCGAUUCUUCUACGGGCGAGGAGCAGGUCCCCAUCAUCGUCUCCUCCCCCAUCAACGUCGCGGGCACCUGGCACGAAGUUCAAAUCGACCUGAUCCAGCGGUUCCGAGCGCUGAACCACGGCUACGAGAGGUUGAUGGCGUCGCUAAGGGCGGCGACGAAUUUGUUGAACGCGCAGAGUUCAUCGCAGACUGGCCAGUUACUAGGAAAGCAACAGCCUGAGAGAGGCAAGUGGCUCCACUUGCCACGAGGAUAUCAGAGGUAUAUGUCACGAGCAUGUGAUUGUGGAUUUCAUGAUUGGCCGACUCCAGAGCCCCCUCCCCACCAUGCCAUCUCACCCGCAACCCACUCAUCCCCCACCCACCGAACACUUCCCACCGAACACCUCCCACCGAACACCUCCCACCAUCCACCCGACCCCGAAACCGAAAUCGAAAACUACCUCGACGCCUUCAUAAUCUCCUCCCCUUCCCGCCGGGGCCCCGACCUCCUGGAGCGAGGCGACGGAACGCUUGCAAAGGCCGUGUUCGUGCCGGAGCCGAUCAGCACGCCGCUGAUUGUGUUGACGACGCCGGAUGAGGAAGGGGGGAGAUCGUUUGUGCUGAGCUUGGAGGAGGAUGGGAGGAUUUCGGGUGGGGUUGCUGUGGGAGGCGGUUGUUGA